AUGCAAGCCGGCGAAGGAAAUUUAGCCAAAAAUGAUGAUGAUGAUGAUCUUACAAAAGUCAUAGUAGGCGAUGAUAAACUCUUUCUGGAUGGAGUCCCUGAUUUAUGUGAAUGUGUGCCUUCAUCGGUAGAUUAUACGCCUAGUCCAUCGAGUCUUGGAGCAUCUGAUGGUAGAUAUUUCGAAGUUAAUGUUUUACUACGAGAAGAAUCAGCAGUUGAGCAACAAUCGCAUACGACACAGCAACAGCAUCGCUCAUCGUUAUAUGAUAAUAGAAAGUAUCGUAUUCAUUUUGGUACACGUCCUGGUUCCUAUGCACCAGAACGGCUUUCAUAUGAAAAAUGCCAAAAGCGUCACGAAAAGCUCAUUGACUUACUCAACCAAAUUCACGCCAAGCUGGAUGAUUUACGAAUGAAACAAUUUUUAUUUGAAAUUCUUCAUAGCAGUGCUAUUUCUACUACUGAAACUUGGGCAAUCGAACCUUACGCAUGUAUCAGCUUUGGAUCAUGUCCACUUGAAACAGUUGAAGGUGUGGCUGCUAUCAUCGGUCGUAUUUUGAGACAAGAUGGUAUUGGAAUUUUUCAUGAUGGCUGUGAUUAUCAAGAUCAUCUUCUCGGACAGUUUGUCGACACAUCCUAUUAUAUUCAUCGCUUUUUUGUCAUCUCUCGGUCGGAUCACUCACAAAAUUUGUCUAUUUCAAAUGAUGAUGCUCGUGAAAUGAUGGCUGCCAUUGGGGUAGUUUACCCAAAGUUGUCGGGUCAGUUUGGCAAAUCAAAUGAAACAAUAGAGCUUCAUGAUUUUGAAGACUACUACAAAGCGGAAAUUAUCGAGGAUCUCAAUCAGAUUAUUAGCAACGUCUCCAGUGAUCAAAAUCGUUCUUACCGCAUCGAGGAAAGAAAAGUCAAUAGUAGACUCUUGCUAAAAGACGAAUAUUCUGGAGCAAUCAAAGAAGCAGGAUUUGAACUAUUGGCCUUGUUUAUUGAUGCUGCUCAUUUACACAACACCCUUUACCCCAGUACACCCUAA